AUGGAUAAUCAAUUGAGCACAUUAAACGACGAAGAAUUAUCUGCUCAUAAUUUACAAAUCACGCAAAAACUGGAAGUAAUCGAAAGCAAGUUAAGCCGAUUGAAAUCGCAAAAAGCACAGCUCAUUCAACUGAGAGAAUCCAUUCAGAGCAUACUUCAUCAGCGCAAGACUAACAAGUUAGAGAAGCGAGAUUGGGAUAGUGAAACCUUUUCAUGGUCCACCAAAGCCCGAAAUAUAAUGCUCCUGGUGUUUUCUCUUAAGCAUUACCGUCAGAUGCAACUACGAACCAUCAACGCCCUGAUGGAUGGCAAUGAUGUGUUGCUACUAGCUCCUACUGGCAGCGGAAAAAGCCUGUGUUUUCAACUACCAGCGCUCUUAAGCGAUGGCAUUACGGUUGUCAUCUCUCCGCUGAUUUCGCUUAUGGAAGAUCAAGUUUGGUCCUUGGACAAAGUAAAGGUAAAGGCUCAGCUAAUGUGUAGUACCACCGAUAAGAAUACUGUAUCGCGUAUAUACAAAGAACUAAGCGAUAAGGAUAAAGCGAUCCUGAAGCUGCUCUAUGUUACACCGGAAAGACUAUCAAAGAGCAAACGAUUUAUGACGGCUUUACAAAAGUGUUACAAUAAUGGUAAAUUGGAUCGAAUAGCAAUCGAUGAAGUACAUUGCUGUUCUCAAUGGGGACACGAUUUUCGACCUGACUAUAAGUUUCUAGGAGUACUGAAGGAAAUGUUUCCCAAGACUCCGUUGCUUGGGGUAACGGCCACUGCCACUACCAAGGUCAUAACCGACGUGCAAAAUAUGCUCAACAUACCGGAGUCAUUGUUGUUCGUAGCCUCGUUUAAUCGUCCUAACCUGUAUUACCACGUACUGGACAAGCCGACGAACAAGCAAGCACAAUACGAUUUGUUAUCGAAUCUUCUGCUUACACGUUUUCGCAAACAGUGUGGUAUUAUUUACACUUACUCAAUGAAGGAUGCGGUGGACAUAAGCAGUGAGUUAACAGAACGUGGUUUGUUGGUUGCACCGUACCACGCAAACCUCGAACAAGCUGAUCGUACAAAAAUUCACCAGCUUUGGCACAACAACGAGGUGCAGGCAGUAGUAGCGACGAUUGCUUUCGGAAUGGGUAUUAACAAAGGGAACGUCCGGUUUGUCAUACACCACACUUUGAGCAAGAGCAUGGAAAACUUUUACCAAGAAAGUGGUCGGGCCGGGCGUGAUGGCGAGCGGGCGGAAUGUAUUUUACUGUUCAAUUUUUCCGAUAUAUUUCGCAUUUCUACGAUGACUUUUUCUGAGCAUAUGGGACUUAAAAAUGCGUAUGCUUUGGUUGAAUACUGUAUAUCUACCAACGAAUGCCGAAGGAAACUCAUCUCGCAAUACUUCUCAGAAGUAUGGGGGAAGGAAGACUGCAACAAUAUGUGCGACCGAUGUGCAAACAGAGAAAUCACACAUCCAAUGAUGGACAUAGCACCAUACUUGCAGCAAUUGUACAGCAUCAUUGAGCAGGCCGGUCAAACUAAACUCACCGGAUUGAAACUAGUGGACGCAUGGUUUCACAAAGGUCCGGUUUAUCUUCGGCUCUCCAAACCGGCACCAUUGAUUGAUCGUGUUACAGCCGAGCAGAUCGUUGCCUAUUUCAUUAUAAAUGAUUACCUAAAGGAGUCGUUCGUGUAUACACCGUAUGCGACGCUGAGUUACAUCGAUAAAGGUCGCGCUCGUAUUGAAGGAGAUUCUCUCAAGAUUCAAUUUGGAAAACAUUUCGCGCUUCAUGACGAAGCCUCUACUUCGAAAAGUCACUUGAGAACGGCUAAUCAAACGAACAAACGAACAUUUGACACAUCUACGUUAGCUAGAAAAGAAACCAUAAACGGAAGUAAACGAGUGAAGAAAAGCAGCACGUUAAAUUCCAAAACCACCAGUAGGAGCUCCAAUCGCUCUCAGACAAAAUCCAGUGAUGAAGAGGACGUAUUGGUUUUACAGAAUAAUGUCGAUGUAAUUGAAAUAGAUGAAGAUUAA